UAUAAGACAUUUAUGGGAAAGUUGUCAUUUGAAUGAAUUAGGUAGUUUUAUGUGUUUGUAGUCAUCUCUGUUGACUCUUUACGUUUAUGUUUGGCUGUGUGUUCUGGCGAAAGCACGUUUACUAAGUUCGAACUGUGCGUUACUGUUAGCUUUGCAGCUAACGUUAUGUUAAGCUAACGUUUUCUAACAAAUACGGUACAUAACGCUACACCAACUACGCCACUGUCAUAUUAACUUUAGCCGUGCCACAGCUACAUAUAAUCUUUAGUCGUACCUGUGUCCUGGAUGUAAAGAGUGAGUGAGCAGGAUGGAGGACGAUGCGGGAGAUGUCCUGCGCUGUGACGAGCAGCUGAGGACUACACUGCACUAUGAUGACAAGGAGAAGCUUCGUAGGCACUUGGCACUUUUAAAAAGGGAGUACAUCAGGACAGCCCAGAGACUACAGCGUGCUGAGCGUUCAGAGGCAGGGAGGAGCAGGAGCAGAAAUGCACAGCAGAACCACUGGGACCGAAGAGGUUCAGAGAGGACAUCUAACCCCUGUCUUAACCCAUCUUCACUGACACUGGACACUAACAAUGGGACAGCCUCAGGUCCAGCAGAGUCUAAUAAAUCCAGGAGGAGCCAGGUGAUCCCGUUACUGCUCCCAUCUGAUGCUGCUUGCUGCUUACAAAACCCAGAUGCCAGCCAUGACACAGCUAGAGGUCACAGACCCAGUCCCGCCCUGCGCCUCAGAUCCCGACGCAGCCGCCUGCGGUGGGAACAGAGGAGUACUGAGGCUGGUAGGAGCACAGACAACAGUGAGGAAGGACAGGAGCAGAGUGAAAUGAUGGACAUUGCUAGAACAGAAGGAAGUGAGGAGGGAGUCACAACAGAGGUUGUGAAUGAAAGUGAAGAGCUAUUUUCUAGUACAGAAUCUGAGUCUCCCUCUCUGCUGCUUACACACUGGAACGCUUGUGGACAAACUCAAACAGGAGAUAUGGAGGGAAAAGAGAUACAACAAAAACAAAGGGAAAAGGAGACAGAGUUAGGAGCUGAAGGGAAAAAAGACUCGGAGUCAACCCCUUUUCUGCUCACAGGUUGGAACCCUGCUAUACACAUUGAAGAACAAGAUGGUACACAGAUUGGAAGAAGAAAGGAGACCGAGGAAGGAGAGAAUAGUAGACGACAGAGGGAUGGAAGACUGUGUGAAGACAGUCAUGAAAAAAAUCUUACAUAUAAUGUAGAUCACAUAAAAGAAGAAAAAAAUGAGAUGGUUGGAGGAGAGCAUGAUGUAAAGGCUGUGGGUCUCCUGGAUUCCUGUACCCUAGUGGAAGGACUACUUUUCCCAGCAGAGUACUAUGUCAGAACCACAAGACGUAUGACAUUGUCACAGAGCCAGCCUGACAUGCAGGCCGUCAUACUCUCCCAGCUGAGCACUGGACGACAUCGCAGAGGCUGGGGCCGCGGCCGAGGCAGAGGAUUAAAAAGGCACACACACAACCAUGAAGGUUCACAUCAACACUCUCAGACAGAUAGCUCCUCGCUUACAUCUACAUCUGUAGGUCCUCAUAUGGAAUCGCAGGCUGCUGACACAUCAGCUGAGCUGAACAGUCAGAGCUCCAGUGAGAUUUCAAAUAAAAUCUCAGCAUGUCAGAUCAACAUGGAUGCUUGUUUUUCUCCAACGGUCACUGCUGCUCGUCCAGUAAGAGGUAGGAGGAGGAAAAGAGGUAGGGGUAGAGGGAGACCUCAGACCCCACGAUGCUCUGUUAGUUUAGACACCUGUCAAGUAGGCUUUGCUGAAACCUCAGACGAUCCCCAGCCCACCAGCUCUCUGGUCUCUUCGUCCCCGUCUCUCCAUGGAGCUGAUGGACCAAAGCCCUGCCUCAGUCAAGGAGAAGUUGUGCCAGUGCCAGACAACCCCCAGCCUGCAUCCACCCACAUCACAGCUACGCAGUCUUCUUCUGGAGUUAAUGGAGCUCAGUCUAGCUCUACCUCUGCACAUCUGGAGGUCUAUCCCAUCUUUGUGAAGAGCAGCGGCAGGACUAACAGAUCCUCACAGAUGAGUAGAAGUGCAGCAAGCUGGCGAUCUCUCCUUUUGCCCUCCUCUCCACCUGCCCAAACCCCUCUGCUUCCUCUCCCCCCUCUGUCCUCUGGCCCGUUGGUCAACAACCUGAUGAACUUUGACAUUCUGCAAGAUUUCCAUCUCCCCGAUGACCAGUUUGCCUCUCUAAAGCUGCACAAGCUCCGCCAAGUCGCUGUGGAAUCAGGAGUUGAACAUUUUACAUCCCCGUCUUACAACACACGUAGUAGCAACAGGCGUUCUGACACUCGCUUCAGUGGCAGCAGCAAUGAGCCAGUGAUGCCUCUUCCUGUCCCACUCAGCCUCACGCCCACAAUCACACAUUCACCCCAUCCCACUAGAGUAAAACAAGCUGCUACAAUGUCCGUAGACUUUGAAAACUUGUCGAUAGAUUGCAAGCUUACAGAUAAAUUGACAAGCCAGUCCUUACCUGAAGAGUCAACUGACUGGGAAAACCCUGGAGAGCAGCAGACUGAAAACCUUCACCCCGAGUGUCAGACUCACACCACCUCAACAGAAUCUGUGUCGCUGGUCCAGGAUUGUGCUGCAGACUGUGUUGAUCAAUAUAAACAGAAAAAGACUGUGAUUCUGAAUUCUCCUAGCCAGAGUAGCGCCUCAGCCUGCAACACACACAGAUCUAUCGAACGAUUUGCCAAACCACAGCCUCUCGUCAACUUUGCAGACACCCCUGCAGGUGUGAAAGAUUAUGUCAUCGGGCCCUCUGAUAGACUAACAGAGUCUAUUGUCAUGUCAUCAGAGAAACAAACAGAUUGUCCUGGUGUAGUCCAUGCUUUUGAGGAUCAGAGGUCUACAAACCUCCAAACAGAAGACCAAGCUAUCAUUAAAACUCUUUCCUUUGACUGUUCCCUAGAGAAAACCCCUGAGGAGCCGUCUAACAACUGCACUGCUGUGCGGACAUUAAAUGACAUUGAAGCUCCAGGAGAGUCUCCUGGGCAGCAUCUGAAUGUGAAAUCCCCUGCCAAAGAUAUAGAGAAAUCCUCUGAACCCAGCACAAGUCCCCUCACAGAAAACAGACAUCAGGACGAGUGUUUACCGCACCACAGUGUCCAGUCCCAGCUCCUGUUGAGCCAUCCUCUGGCAUCAGCACACAGCCCCUGUGUUAGACCACACCUGCGCUCCUCUGCCCUUCCCUCCAGCCCCGCACUACCAUCACUAGGACUCACCCCCUACGCUGUCCAUGCUGCCCUCCCUCUGACCUCCUCUCCCUCUGCCCCAGCUCUCACCCUGCCUCCCCCUCAUACCCCAUCCACCCAGGUCCUCUCCCCUCCAGCUCUUUCUCUCUGCCCAUCCCUCACUUCCAUCCCUGCUAGCCAGUCCCCCACCUCCCCAGCUGGUCAGAUCCAGAAUUCACCUGAGCCUGCUACCUGCAUGACUGUCUUCAGCAUCCAGUCACAGGGCUCAGGUGGGCAGGUGGGCCUGAGAACAGAGGAAACAGCGGAGGAACACAUGAUGAGAUGCACACACACACGUUAAAGGUAAACUGAUGACCCAGCAGGAGGCUUUCUAGUGGAUGCCUGCUGUCUGCACGGAUCAUCUGGUGGGUUGUGUGUAGCAGCAGCUGGAAAGUGGGCAGUGUGUCUCUGGAGUCAGACUUCAGUGUCUGAUUGGAGCUUAGCACACACCUGGGCCUUCAGCGAGCCAGUGAUCAAUGUGUUUCCUGUCCCGGAUGCUGCUGGACUCAUAUGUGUGACUCUGGGUCAGUUAGAAAUCAGAGAAGUGAGGAUUCUGUCGUGCUCCAGCCUUUUGCAAGUGCUGCUCCGCGAGGGGCUUAUCCAGGCUGUUGUGGGCGUGUCCAAGUCCAGAGUGGUUACCUCCUGCCACUCGGCUUCUGGUUCCACCCUGCAGGUGUUUACACUAUCAGACAAUGGCAGCACACCGAGCCCUCAGCCUCUUGUGUCUCCUGGUGUUUGUGUCGGGGCACUCGCUACUGUGGACGGACUCUCAGAUGCUCUGAUCGGCACAGAUGAGGCUGGACGCCUCUUUAUCUGGAAUUUAAAGACUGGACAGCUGCUGCGGAGAAUCCUCCUUGGAGAUGGUUUAUCACACACGGCCUGCCUCAGAGGAUACUCCUACUGUGGAGUGUUAUUUGUCCUGCUGCAGCACCAGUUGCUCAACUCACUGGAGGAAGAGGAAAGAAAGGCCACAGCAAAAGAUCAAAUGUUUCUGGAGGAGGAGAAGGAAGAGGAAAGGACCGCCCUGUUCUCCUUGGUUGCUGUUAACCCUCUGAGUGGAAAAUCUGUCCAGGCUACCCUUCUGUAUCCGCCCAAGGCCUGGUCUGGCAGGCUGUGUGAAGCCGACGUGAACAGCUCCAGCGUGGUGGGCCUGAGUCAGAGCGGCUGUGUGUGUGUGUGGGAGCUCGGGCGCCAGCGAGCCGCGAGGAUGGUGUGGGCUCCUGAGAGCGAUGGCUGGCAGCUGGCUCGAUGGGGGGCGGGACAUACGCUGGUGACUGGACAUCACAACGGAGACGUUACCUUACACUGCUACAGUACGAGCCAGACUUCACUCUGCCACAUUAAAGACUUUUCAGUCGCUUUUAUCAAUUAAAAAGGUAUUUCUGUCACUGUAUGAAUGUUUACAUGGAGAUUUUAACACCUUUUAAAAUACUUCAGGUCACAUUUGUUCAUUCUACCAGAUUCUGAAUGCAUUGCAAAAAGGUUCUGUGGUUUCCUUUUCCACUGUAACCUCUAGGCCCCUGUACUGCGAAGAUAAUGACACUUAUGCACUGUAAAUUGAACAUAUUCAACAUGUCAUUGGCCUGCUGGUAAAGCUUUAUUUAGAAAAUCAUAACCUCAAGAUGGAUUGCUUCUAAAUUGCACUUGUUCUCCUCCACCCUUUGCAUAUGUCUACACUAAAGUUUUUAGAGCGCCAGCAUCACAUACUGAGCCCCUGUGUGUGAGGAUGUCUGCUUGAUGGUGGGUUUUCAUUUUUAGACCACUUUAACUCCAGUCUGAAAACCAACUUUGUGUUUUAUUAAUGCUGCUUAGCCUUACUGUGCUUACUUGAAUAUAUUGUUUAUAUUUAACGAAAAAGAAGUGUCAAUGUUUGUUUUUACAUGCAACAUUAAACAUUUGUGAAUAA